AUGGCCAUGUUUCCGCACUCAAAACUCUUUCUCGGGUCAGAAAAGGCUGUGGUGAUAUCAGGACCACAUAUCCAAGUACUCAGUUCCAAAACAGGAGAAACUUUAUGCUCAACCACUACUCUUGAGGAUAAUGCUAAGGAGGCUCUACUCAAGGCUGGGCCUAUUCGUUGCGCCGCUGUUGACGAAGGGUUCGUUCGCGUUGUUACAUCGGGGGAUGACAAGAAGAUGAAGGUUUGGCAAAUCGAGGGAUUGAAGCUGUUGAGCGAGAGAGAGCUCCCCAAAAAGCCAACACAUAUUGCGUUCACGCGCAAUGGUCAAACCAUCCUCGUCUCAGAUAAAUUUGGAGAUGUAGUCAGUUACCCACUCACCCCUGAUCCCACAUCCAAAUCCGACUCCGCUUUGGCUACGGAACGCGAUACUGCGUCUCACGAAAAUUCCUCCGGCGGAACUCUCGUCCUGGGCCACACUUCCCUGCUCACUUCAUUCCUCCUCUCCGUCGAUGAAAAGUACAUCCUCACAGCGGACAGGGACGAGCAUAUACGCGUCAGCUGGUAUCCUCAGGGUUACUGCAUCGAAUCUUACUGCCUGGGCCACAAAAAAUUCGUCUCUGCCAUCCAUAUACCGAAGUCUUCGCCUAAUGUUUUAAUAUCAGGUGGUGGAGAUCCCGUUCUUAAAGUAUGGGAUUGGAUGACGGGCCGACUGUUCUUCAAUAUUCCCGUCGGCGAAGUCGUCGAACCGUACAUCAAAGUGCGAGCCAAGAAGCGCAAAUGGGGAGACGACGAGGACGGCGAGGGUGGAGGAGAGCAGCAGUGCAGGGGGAAGAAAGUGCAUGGAAGGAAAGGAAGGAAAAAGAACCAAAAGAAUAUAACAGAAGCGACAGAGCAAAGCGUAGCCGAGGAGAAGGAGGAGACGCCAGAUGUAGGCGAAAUUCCUGGAGAAUUAGGUGAAGAGACAGAAGUUUUGGAGUCUAAGGAACAGGGUGAAGGAGCAGGAGAAGUGAUUGACCCCGUGCUGGUCAUUAAUAGGAUCGAAACGCUACGGACUGGAGAGACAAAAACGAUUGUGUUUAGUGCCGUUGGUGCCACGGCCCUGUUCUGGUGUUCGUUCCCUGAUGUGGCCAGUUCACCCCCUUCAAGUGUAGCACCACAAAUCUUCGCCCACAAUUUUGGAAAGCCCGUCGUCGACUUCGCGCUCGAUUCGCUAUCGGCAGAUCGCAUAUGGGUCCUACUUGAUGCUCAUUGGCAGCCCCAUUCAACUAUUUCUGCACCUACAGAGCCUCCCAGCUCCUCUGAUGCUGUGAAACUCGUUCAACUCAGUUCAAGUUCGAUCACUGAGCUCGACGCUGCCUCGUCCCCUCUUCUCCCCUCGCUCAAUACAUCCUGCAUCCUCCCAUCUACCCCGGAAGACCUGGCAACGUUAGAUCUGUACGCCCUCCUAUCGAGCAUGCCCAAAAACGUCGAGGUCCAGCACAAUCCAAUGAACCGCGAUGGCAGCUCGAGCGCUGGCGGUGGCCAGACUGGAGGCAAGAAGCUGAACGCCAAGCAGAUGGCAAAAGCCAUGACAAGAAAGGCUAUAUUGCAAAAGACGCACGGACAUCCUCAUGGGAAAGGCGGCGAGCUGGAGGGUAGCGAGGUUGGGGAUUUGGAGGGGAGAGAGAGCAAGAAGCCGAAGAGUGAUGCGGGUGGGGUGGAUGCGGAUGGUGCGGAGGAUGUGACUAUGGACGAGCCAUAG